UCGAACCGGGUUUAAAUUACUCUAUUAUACACUUGUUUAUUCUCUGUAACCAACCUAAAGAUUUAAAUGUCGGUUGUCAGUUAAUAUAGAUGAGAGUAUGAUAUUUCCAAUGCAUCUUUGAUGGGAGAACUGCGUCGAGUAGGCUACUAGCGUGUUUUUAAUUUAAAGACUUGUUUGGUUGCAUGUUUUUGCAUCAAACCCCGUAUUUAUUUCACCUGGAAGGAGAUGGAGGACAUCGCCUUUGACUGACGACUGUUAUCAAGAUUUAAAUGUAGGAACAUGGAGACCGUUUCCAUGGUCCAGCCUGAUCCAGCAAUAUGAUUGGAGCAUCCAGUCACUCAGGUGACACCCUGAUCGCGUGCCACUUCCCUGUGGUCCAGCUCCCUACCUGGCAGCUUCCUGUCCAGGCCCUGUGCAGCUCGGCCAAGAGGCCCGGCCGGCUGUGCCCAGUGGGUCUGACCCGAGCAGUGUCCCUCCCAGAGCGAGACUCUCUGAACCGAGAACAUGCGUUCACCGGGGGCCGAAGACCUUUCUCCAGCAGCCAUGGCAGUUUCAUCGAGGAUCGAGCGGAGGAGGAGGAGGGGGGCAGCGACAGCAGCGGGAGGGACGACUCCAACUCGUCACCGGAGGAGGCCAGUUCCCACCUGAAGAAGGAAAACUCUGGAGCUAGAGACACUCUACGCUCACACAACUCAUUCCUCCCAAACAGAACGCUGGAUGAAGAUGAGGAAGAGGAAGAUAGUGAAGGCGAUAAUCUACACAGAUAUCACGAGGACUCGUCUUUUGUAUUGCAUGGGAAUUCCAACUGGCCUCUAAGUAAUGGUGCUAUAUCUCACGGGGACAUGGGCGGUGAAUGUGGCAAUGAAGGAACCAUGUUGGGGGCUGAGAGGGACCAUGAGUGGAUCUCUAACCAGCUCCACCAGCAGGACUCACUGCAGACCCAAUGCCAGUGCUUCCAUGUGAGCAGAUCUGGCGUCAGGGCUUAUAAAGAGAAGGAUUCAGACAGACGGAAGGAUAACAUGUCCUGCUGCAUCCACCGCCAACACAAAUGUUCUCCAGAGCUUUUCUCCAACACUCACACAGAGAAUGUCAGUGACUCUUCCUGUAACAGUUCUGAUGGCGUCCUGGUUAAUUUCUGCACUAUCUAUAACAGGAGCAACAACCCUGCCACGCCGCAUGACCUCAGCACUCCUGCAGCUCACCCCUAUCAGUCCUCUGAGGGGUCUGUGUUCCUCAACCUCCAACCUGUUCCUCAGACUCCAGCAGAGGGUCUCCAACAUGAUAACAUGGCAGAUAACUCUCCCCCUAAAGAGGAAGCUGACACAACGCCCUCUGCUUCCUGCUGGUCUCCUCAAGGUCUCGACUCAAACUGCAAUCUCUACUCCCUGGAGCCGCCCCCCCCGGGUCUCUCCUCGCUCGAGGUAUCAGAUCUGGCUGCCUGCCUGCAAAGCCAAGCCACAUUGGCCAUGGAGACCAACCAGAAGUACUACAAGCUUGUGUCAUGUGACCUCUCCUCCCAGUCUCCCAGUCCUGCCUGGUCCAGCCUCACCAGCUGUCCCGAGGGUCAGAGCAGAAGUAGCCCCUUCCCUCCCUCUGAGCACUUUUCUGUUGACCAUAAGAAAGAAGCACAACACAAAGAAGUCAUGAAGGAAGAAGAGGAUCACCAAAAGGAAAAGAGGCUCUCCUCCACACAUGCUGACUGCUCUGAGUUUCAGACCCAUGAUGACCAAGUUGCCACGACCUCUUCUGAGAGAUCCCUCUACAGAAAGAAGCAAUCAUACAGCUUCCAAAACCCUCUCUACCAAUCACCCUAUUCACUGUGCCCCAUCCAGUGUAGCCCACAUAGCAGUCAAUGCCAAGGCACAAGCACCGUGUCCACGCAGCCAUCUGUGAUUCUGCACCAGGAGCACUGUGAAACUGAUGCUACUGAGAAGGGGGCAUGUUCAUUGGAAAAUGCAGUGGUGCGCUACAGUAAGGCCCAGAGACCGACCUCGCUGCCCAUCCAGCCCUUUGUUCUGGUCCCCACAGGCAAACCCCAGAUGCAGCACUUGGGCUGUCUUCUGGAGCAGUACAUAAACCAGAAGAGCAGCAAGACCUCUCAACCAGGCCUCAAGUUCAAGGGCAAAAGCAGCCAAGGUUGUUCUAAUCUGCAGGCAUCACCAAUGGGCAACCACUGCCCCAUCUUCCUGGAGGCUCCCUCGAGCUCCGACACCUGCUCCACCUGCACGCCGAGCCCAGAGUGCUUCAGUCGAGCAUGGAGCCAGUCCCGCAGAGGCCAAGGAUGCCCAAGUCCAUUUACAUUCGAAAGCAGCCAGGAUCCAACCUACAGCCCACCGUCGAGACUGGUUCAAGAUAACACAAGCCCACCUCAGAGUACCACUUUUUCAAAUUUGAUUGCAGCCCCACUUAAGUCCCACCUUGUUAAAAGUCCCGCCUACCAGGACCUUAUUAACCUCACCCCUGAGCAGGGCCAAACCAAGACAGAGCCCAGGAGUCCGUAUCAGACCCAGACCCCCUCAACAUUUUCUCAUACACCACCCACUUUACUCCUGACCACUGACACCCAUCACCCAAACCUGCAGGCCUCCCUGUCCCCUCCCACAGCCGUACAAGCUGAACAAGAGCUCCCUCAGUGCCGCGCUGCACCUGCAGCUGACUUUGGCUUUUUUAAUAAUAGUUUUACAGCUGCCUUCUCCUCUGUAGCGCCUCUUUCCUAUUUGAGUUCUCUGUUUUCCAUGGCUGCUUCUGGGCUGCAAAUCCAGCACUCUGCUGGGCUCAGUGGGAAGCAGAGUCAGAGUCAACACAGUGAGACUCUGAUCCUGAGUGACAGGCCGCCCAUAGAGUUCUGCCUCUCACCCGAUACAUCUUAUGAGUCCAUGUCUAUCAGCCAUCUUCAGAGGAGAGGUUUGCUGAGGUCUGUGAGCAGGGCCGUGGAUUUAAUCAUGGCACAUUUUGGCAGCAGCAGAGACCCUGAAGAAAAGAUGCGACUGGGUAACAGCUCAUGCAGUCCCACAAUCGGCGGCCUGGUCCUGGAACAUUUGUGUCCGGCGAUCCAGAAUAUUUUAGAGGACGGGCUUAGGGAUCACAAGCUGGAUUUCAUCGUUGGGCAGCGUCGCAAUCACUCCUGGGGUGUGGUGGAGGUAUCUACUAGGAUAGGUCCAUCCACCAAGGUCCUUCACAGCCUGGUCUCCAAAAUCAGACAAUUUCCCCAACUCUCCAGCCAAUGCAUGAGACUGAGAGCCUUCAUCAUGGGCCUGCUUAACUUGAGAGCUUUAGAAUUCUGGCUCAGUCACCUUCAGAGUCAAAAAGAUUUAGUGACGACAUACUACCAUUCAUGGGGUUUCCUGUCCAUGUCCCUGGGUCAGUGUCAGCCCUUGUUUCAGGAGCUGCUGCUUCUGCUGCAGCCGCUCACUGUGAUGCCCUUUGACCUCAACUUGCUCCUGGAGCCUCGAAUGUUACGUAACAGACAGUUGUGUUCGGAGGAGCAUGGUGUUUCUCCUCCUCAGCCAUGCUCAGCCCUCCUCGUGACCAGCUGGCCACUACUGCAAGCCGACAAAAAGGCCUACAGCAGCCACAGUCAGCAAAACAACAUUUCACAGCAGACAGGCCUUCAUUGCCAAGACUCUCCUAGGUCUCAGAAUUGCAUCAAGCAGGACUGUGAAGUGAAUUGGGCUAACAGGAGCCCAUUAGCUCCUAUUCAAGAGUGGUGGUCGAAUAAGCCUGACCUUGUGGAUGGUGUGGUUGAAGGGGAGGACUGUAGACAGAAUUGUGCAGAAAAUUGGUCUCAAAUUAGUAUGGACAGCAGACAUGAAGACAGGAUGGGAGAGAAGGAAAAUGAGACCCCAAUUGCGACCACAUUUGUCCAGGCUGAGAGUCCAUAUCAGGGUGGGCUGCGCUGGGCCAAACUGUUUGGAGCCGCUGAUACUUCCACCAGGACAGAGACAGUUUCCCAGAGUCACAGUGGAGCACAAACCAGAAGGUCCAGGCGACCAUCGCACUGGCUGCAUUUUGACAGAUCCCAUCUUGGACUGUUGGCUCAAUCCAUCAGGUCAAUGACGCUGGGAGGAGCAAACUCAGACUAACAAGGACUACUGAAAACUAAAUCCUCUGUGGACGAAGGACAGAGUUGGGCUUAUUUACUGUAAUAACCUGCAUGAUAAUAGUUUGCUCAACUGAACUGAAAGCACAUCAAUUAAAUGAAUCACAGCUUUAGCAAUGGCCCUUAUUCAUCAGGCUGAGCAUUGCAGCAUAAGUCAGGUUGCAACAUGGAACCCUAAACUAUCCAGUUAAAAGUCAUUAAUUUUAAGCUGGUGUAGCACCACUAACUAGCAUCAUUUCCACAGAAGAUCCAGAGAUCUUUACCGGGAAGUAGCUUGAUGAUUAAGGGUCAUUCCUCCAUUUGCAAUUUCAACCUCAAAAACUGAUCCUUUAUAAGAGGCAAUUAUAAAUCAUGAAAUGUGCAUUUUGACCUGUUAUAGACUUGUGGUGCAAAAUUAUCUAUUUAGAAGAAGAAGAAGAAGAUGAACCUUUAUUAAUCCCCCUAGGGGGAAAUUCAGUGUUUACAUAUCUGUCAUUCUCUACAUAGCUGUACAUUUUAUCUUUAGGUGGGGAAAAAGCCAGAAAAUACACUCGUAACUGUGCCAAAUAUGCUACACACCAGCCUCAUGGAUAGUCAGUGGUGUUUGGUUUCCUGUACCCUGUUUGAGCAAAUCCCCAGCAUGGAUUUUCUGCAUGAGUUAAAAAACAAACUGUACAAUAGGUGCUUCAGUACUUCCUAUAUCUCUUCCUAUAACUCCCCCUUAAUGUUUGUAUUGGUGAAGAGCUAGGUUUUGUACAUUUUCUGGCACUAAAAGUGUGGAAAUAGUUUGCAGUAGGAUGUCUUCCAGUGAAUUUUGUUAAGUUGCACAAUAUAAGCCAUCUGGUGGCUGUUUCAGGUACUUUAAUGUGUCAGCUACAUUUUGAUAGACUAGUAGUUAGUUAAGAAGGAGGAAAGAACAGAACGUGUGUUUAUAUACAGAACAUUAAUGUAAUUAUGUGCAAUCUGUGAAAUAAUUUGACCCAGCAUCAUUGUCUCAACCUCUGAAUGUUUCCUCUAAUGCCAGUGACAAUCAAAGUCUGUCAAUAAAGACUUCUUUGUAUGCCAA